AUGCUCGCAGUGUCUGCAAGACAACGCCUGGAACUUUUCCUGUUCAGGUCAUUGGUUAGUUUCCCGGAAACCGUCAAAAAGGUUUCGGCUUCGGCAGUGCAUGCCGUCCUGCCUGAAGCCGAGCUCCUAGGGAAGCCGCAUUUGAUCGGCUUCUACGCAGAGCAGUCCAUGGAGGCCAAACGCAUGCGUUUCUUGGGUGAUUUGCUGGAGAAGGAGCUUCCAGGCACAAAGAUCGUUUGGCUGGAGGCAUGGGACAAUCCACUGAAUGAAAGACUUCGGGCAACAAUCGACCUGAGGAACCAGUGUGGUGGGGUGCCGUAUCUUUUCAACCGCAAGACCGGCAAGGUAUUGUGUGGAGUUGUAGCUUACGACAAGCUGAGAGCGUGGGCCCAGGGACUUGGCGGCGAUGCCAGGAUCUACCGUGAUCUUGGCGAGUAA